AGCCGCCCGGGCCCUCGCCCUCGCCGUCGCCGCGGGGUGUCCGCCCUUGACCGACCCCCCCUUGUUGCUCCCAGCAGUAACAGGCGAGAGAGAACCCGUUGCGAUUCCCCCUCGAGCCGAGUCAGUCCACGCGUGCAUAUAAGCCCAGCCCCCGGGCCGUUCCCCCUUUGCUUGCUCCGCCCACCCGCAUUCCCUUCCCUCCCGUCGCCUCGCCGCCUCCGCACGCGCACCGCAACGCGACGCACCGGGAACCGCCGCUACCUCCGCCCACCCAUCCUCUGCGCGCGAGAGGAAGGAAGGGUCUUCUUCUUGGUGGGAAGGAGGGAGAUGGCGAUCGACCACGAGUCCCCGUUCAAGGAGCUCCGCCUCAAGAACCGCAGGAUCAUGGGAGGCGGCGGCCCCGAGCCGGAGGAGGAGGCCGCCUCGGCGGCGUACCGGGACCAGUGGCCGCGCUGGCUGCAGCCGCUGCUCUCCGCGCGCUUCUUCGCGCACUGCAAGACGCACAGCGACUCGCACCGCAGCGGCGAGUGCAACAUGUUCUGCCUCGACUGCUCCGCCGCCGCGGGCGCCGGCGCCGGCGCCGCCGCGGGCGCGCUCUGCUCCCUCUGCCUCGCGCACGCCCACCGCGACCACCACACCAUCCAGAUCCGCCGCUCCUCGUACCACGACGUCAUCCGGGUCUCCGACAUCCAGCGCUUCAUGGACAUCGCCGGCGUGCAGACCUACGUCAUCAACAGCGCCCGAGUCGUCUUCCUCAACGAGCGGCCCCAGCAGCAGAAGCCCGGCUGCGGCGGCAAGGCCGCCUCCGCCUCCGCCUCCGCCAACCUCUGCGAGGUCUGCGCCCGCAGCCUCCUCGACAACUUCCGCUUCUGCUCCCUCGGGUGCAAGGUCGUCGGCUGCGCCCCCGACGCCGCAAUGGCCAGGAGCUGGCUCCUCCGGCCCGCCGCCGCCUCCGACUGCAACGCCUCCUCCUCCGCCCUGCGGAAUGCCGACAGGAAGCAGAGCUUCACGCCUCCCACGCCGCCGAGCAUGCCAGCGAAGCGGCGCAAGGGCAUCCCGCACCGCGCGCCGUUCGGCAGCCUCAUCGUCGAGUACUAGCCCUCGUCGGCGGCGGCGGACGGCGGAUGCAUUGGCAUUACACGCGCGCUGCAAAGUAAAAGUACUCCUCAACCAACGGAAUCGCUCGCACAGUGAGUCACUGAAUCCGUGCAUGAAUCAGAGUCCGCCAUUACGGCAAUGGGAUGGCCACCACUUCGGUGGCCGCCUUCCUUUGCCUUGGCACUUUGGGGUUGGUGGUGCUUCUCGAGGUGGAUGCCAUUUGCUCGCUGGCUUUGCUUUCCACAUAGGGAGAGGGAAAGAAAGGUGGAGAAGAAGAAAGGAGGGUGCUUGCUGCCGCUAGACAAUGCAAUCAAAAACUAGCUUUUUCGUUAAGAGUUGAUUACUGUUGUUAGGACAGAAGAUAUAUAUUUCUGAUAGAAAUAUAUGUACAUGUUUUAGUCCUGCUCUGUUUCAUACCGCCAUACUGGAGCAGUAUAGCUAGAUUUGUGAUGUUCUCUUACCUUACUAGAUUAGAUGUCUGAACUCUGAAGAAGAGGGGAUGGAUAAUCAGUCAGUGAUAAUAAGCAAUGCAGGUGGCUCUGCUCCCUUGCGUUCUCUUUCA